AUGCUGGGCACGGUUCGCCGGUACGGUGUCGUACAGGCUCUCCGAGCAUCGGCUCCCCGAUCCCUCUACGCCAGAUCGAUUCCCCAGCUGUCAAGAUGGCAGGCCCCAUCCACCUCCGCUCUCCCUCAGAUCAAGCGCUCGCUGUUCCAUUCGUCUCCAUUUCGCUCCAGUGCUGCGGCUGCUCAAGAAGUCCAGAUAGAUGACUCUGCACCGGCAUCGCGCGAGUUGUUGACUGAAUUCGCCGAUCUGGCGAAGCAUGGCCUGAUUGACCCGAGAGUCAUCAGAACCAUUACAGGUCCUAUGAAAAUCAAGACAAUGACAGAUGUCCAGAGUCAGACGAUUCAUGAGACUCUGCAAGGCGAUGAUGUCUUGGCUCAGGCAAAGACUGGAACCGGAAAGACGCUCGCCUUCAUCCUCCCUGUUCUGCAGAAUAUUAUGAAUGACCCGUCCAUCCAACGAGGCCGCUCCAGGCGGUCUACACCUGCUGAUAUUCGCGGCAUCAUCAUUUCUCCUACUCGUGAGCUGGCGGAACAGAUUGCCGUGGAAGCUAAAAAAGUGGCUGAGGGCACUGGUGUCAUCGUUCAGACCGCAGUCGGUGGUACAAGAAAGCAAGAAGGAUUGCGCCGUAUCCAGUACCAAGGUUGCCAUUUGUUGAUUGGCACACCCGGGCGACUCAAGGAUAUUCUUUCUGACCCGAGAAGCGGUGUCAAGGCCCCUAAGUUGUCAGCUUUUGUCUUGGAUGAGGCUGACCGUCUGCUGGACGAUGGUUUCGCCCCUGAUAUCAUGGAGCUCCAAGAGAUGCUUCCAGACCCAAUGACAGUUAACCGCCAGACACUCAUGUUCUCCGCAACUGUGCCGCGGGAAGUCAUGAGAAUGGUCCGUCGUACCAUGAAGCCAAACUUCAAGUUUGUCAAAACGGUGAAGGAUGAUGAAGUUCCGACCCAUCAAGCUGUUCCGCAGAAGGUUGUUCGCUUGAAUGGCUACGAGAAUGCACUGCCUGCCCUGCUCGAGCUUGUCAAGAACUACAGGGCCGCCGCUAUUGACAACCCCAGUCAGCGACCUUUCAAAGCCAUCGUGUACCUGAAUUCGACUGCCCAAGUCACUGUCAACUACCAGGCCUUCCGCAACCUGAUGAAUAACCCAGGGGAUCGUCGGAGUGGACAUCCUCUCCAGGGCACCCGCAUGUAUGAAAUCCAUUCGCGCUUGACCCAGAACCAGAGAACAUUGAAUGCGGACUAUUUCCGCAAGGCGAGCUCUGGCAUACUCUUCUCUUCUGACGUGACAGCUCGUGGGAUGGAUUUCCCCGACGUCACUCACGUCAUCCAAUUUGGAGUUCCCCGCGACAGACCAACCUACAUUCAUCGUCUAGGACGUACAGCACGAGCCAAGAAGACCGGUGAGGGAUGGAUCUUCCUGCACCCCGGAGAGUUCAAUCAAUUCAACGACAAGCUGGGCGAUCUCCCAGUCGAACGAGACAACUCCCUUUCAGCUGCCGCGGUUGAAAUCAGCCAGGGCUCCGUCUCCCCAACAGAUGAAAACUGCGAGCAAGUGAAGGCUGCCAUGGAAGAAAUUGAUGAGGAGCUGAAGGAAGGGGCACACAGGGCCCAUAUUGGAACAUUGGUGGGCGUGUUUAGAUCCAAGAGAGAUCUUAUCGACGCGUUGAACAAGCUGGCUGUGGACGGUUACGGAUGCGCCGAACCCCCACACCUCCCGUCUGGAAUGAUCAGCAACAUGGGUCUUAAUAGAACCUUCUCGGGCAACAGCCGGGGUGGUCGCUUCGACGAUAGAUCCCAGCGAUUUACACGCAACAACCGCGGCCGCGACUUCCCCCGUCGCUCCAACUCUUUCAACGACAGAGGCCGUGACCAGCGUCGCAGUCGCUACCGCGAUGAUGACUCCUUUUAA